AUGGGAAAUAAACAAGGAAAGGCUACGUCUUCAUCAUCGACUAGCAAAAAGUCUGAUAAGAAAUUCAGUAUGUCAUCCUAUGAUAGUGAUAAGAUGGAUCCUGAUACCAUCAAAAAAUUACAAGAGAACACCAACUUCUUUACCGAAUUAAGUGAUGGUGGCAAAAAGCCAUUAAACAGAGAUCAAUUCAAACAAGGUUUAAACAAAUUAGAACAAGCCGGUCUCAAGAAUCUCGACAAUACUCCAUUCCCAGAUCGUCUAUUUGAUCUUUUAGAUAUCAACAAGGACAACACUGUAGAUCUUCAAGAGUUUGUAGGUGGUCUCUCUAUGCUUUGCAAGGGUUCAAUCGACGAAAAACUUGAACUUUCAUUCAAGGCAUACGAUUUGGAUGGUAAUGGAUAUAUUUCAAAGAGUGAAUUAUCAUUAAUGUUUAAGCAAGCAUGGAUCUCUGGAUUCAAGGCACUAUCUUACCAAACCAAUGAAGAUCUCAACCCAGAAGAUCUUCAAAACUUUUCAGAGGAUAUGGCCCAAAUCUUUGCUGAAGGUGCCUUUUCAUCUUUAGAUGUCAAUGGUGACGGUAAACUUUCCUUUAACGAGUUUAAACAAUUUGCCUUGUCUCAUCCAAAGAUUACUGCCACUCUCAAUGGUUCAAAGAGAGAUGUACCAAUUACUUUUGACUAA